AUGUCUUCGUCGCCCUCGCACAGCUCCCGGUCCGAUGGGCAGACGACCACUCUCGACUCGGCCUCAACUGACCCUGCCGCCGCCCUCCAACAGAUAACCACCGAGCGAAACUCCCUUCGCUCCCAAAACGACCAGCUCUGGAAGAUUAUCGAGAAGCAGCGCUCCAUCAUCCAAAACCUCCAAAAGGACGUCGCUAAACUGUCCUCCGAGCGAGACCUCCUCCGCCACCACCUUACCCAACAACAUCAGCACCAUCUAGAGCAGCAGCAGCAGCAAACACAACUCAAUGGCAACCAGCACUAUCCACCCAAGGAUCAACCGAUCAUUAAUGGUAGCAGCAGCACGAGCACCGCUGGUACAUCUUUGGCCCAGGUGAACGGUCACCAUCUGCAGUCUAAACGGUCUCUUGAGCGAAAGGUUCAGGCCGCAGCUGAAGUUGACUCUGCAUCUUUGUCAUCCUCCGCUGUACCUUCACAGCCAACAACAACGACCGAUAUGGCCUCUUCGUCCCAAUCUGCACCUUUCCAUGAUGACCUCGAUGACCGUUCCUCAACAACAUCCUUGGGCGACAAAGCAUCAGACCAGAGUCUUGGCUUCAACAACCCACCCCUGACACAUUCUACACUCUUCAACGAUAACGAUACCGACAGCCAAGGAGUCAGUCACCCAGUGGUCGAGGCUAUGGCUCCCUACGAACAAGACCCAGUCGAUGCCAGUGAUAACACCUUUUCCCACAUUUCCGGCAACAAUUCUGCUCGACCUUCAAUGUCGAACGACGACAGCACUGGAUUCAACGCCAACUACGACCCCGAGAUCCAGAUCGCCACUACGGCGAGCCGGAUCCAACACCAGUUAGGCACCACAGCUUCUCCUGCCAUCUUCGUCGACAAAGAUGCUCGUACCAUUCCUGUUCGUUCAGAUUCGAGUUUGUCAUAUACUGGUCAGUCGUAUUCGUCGGCUGGCAAUAGUCCUACAGCAAGCAGGAAUGUCUCUGCCAACUUGAUGAGCGGACCUCUCUCGCCUCUCAUGCCACAUUUGCCGCCCCGAUCACCCAGAAGAGAGCGCAGGGACGCAAAUGACAACCCCGCAUCGCCUGCUGUCUCAGACAAUGAAGACGACAGCGCCCCUCAGGGUUCUCGCAAAAAGGGAUUGGCGUUUUCCAAGCUCUCAAAUCACGAACAGGACCAGGUCACGACUUCCAGCCCUUCUGACUACAAAGACUCCAUUUCGAACGACUUCUCUCAAGCAACCAACACAUCUCAUUUGGGCACAAGCCCUGUCACCCGCAAGACUAUCUCUGCCCAAAUCCCCACGAUCCCCUCCUCGUUCUCGCAUUCUUCAUUCACAUCAGAAUCGCAAGGCGCUUUCACCUCGCCUUCUGUUUCGCUUAGCUCUCCCGCAGUGACCUCGAAAGUCGCCUCAACACCCGCCUCGCCCAUUGCGACCAUUAUUGACCAGGAUGCAGAGAAAUUCAGGAUCUACAUGAACAAGCUCAACAACCCUGGCCGCAAAAUCAUUUCUGCCCCCAUUCAGAUUGUAGGAGAAACGAAUGACCACGCGUCAGCGCUUGGCCAAGCAGUUGCCAUGGAUAACAUCCAAACUCAGCUCGAGCUUCAGAGCCAGCUCAUGGGGCAAGUUCAAGGACAUGGUGGCCGCAGCGGUCUACACACAGCGCAGAACCAAAGACCUGGAUAUAAUGUCUCUGCGCCCAUCAACAUCCAAUACGAUGGCCAACCCACAGCAGACUCUAGCAACAUGGGACGCGCUUCCAGUGAGGCCAAGGAUCACCAUUCCCUGGCGGAUCUUUCUGAGAAAAACUCUAGCCAGCUUUCGCUUCCUUCGGACACCCGCAGCAAGAGACGAGAGUCGUCGUUGCAGCUAUUCGACGACUAUCCCAAAAUUGGCGCGCGCUCUGCCUCUCAGAAUCAUCGCGACGACGACGACUCGGCCAGCAGCAGUCAUGGGGCCAUCCCUAUCCCUCCAAGGAGGUACGAUUCUCAACAGCAACAGCAGCAAUCAGAUCAACUGCAGGCAUUAGAAAAUGGGCGACCAGCUCGUGGAGCCUCGCCAACCCCUUCCGGCAAUUCAUCAGUAACGAACACGCUCUCGAGCGCCCAACCCUCACUCAGUGGCUCUCGCUCAGGGCCGACUUUUCAUCAGCAGGCAUUCAGCAUGUUUGCCGACAAUCUGGAGUUUGUGUCAGUCCUUGUCGUUGGCAGUAAUAUCAACACUAACGAUCGAGGCAAGGAACAGCUGACAUUUCUCAUUUCAAUCGGCCAGGAGGUCCAAGGAGAAUUCGACGACAAUUACCCGCACGACGAGGCGCAGGAACUGUGGAGGGUUGAGAAGCAGUAUUCUGACUUUGUAAACCUCGAUGCAAAGCUGAGGGUUACACAAUCGCGAAACAUUGUCAACUCGCUUCCAAAGCUUCCCGACAAGGGCCUUUUCAGCACUCAUGCGCCAUCCAAGGUCGAUGCCCGAAAGCGUGCUCUUGAACAGUACCUGCAGCAGGUGACCUCUCUCCGUAUCAAGGACACCCGGGAUCUAUGCGAGUUCCUGAGCACCAAUGUGGUGGAACGCGAGAGACUGCGAGAGGGCGCUGACGCUGGCUGGAAGGAAGGGUAUCUCACAAAGCGCGGAAAGAACUUUGGAGGCUGGAAAACUCGCUACUUUAUUCUCAAAGGGCCUGUACUGGAGUACUAUGACAGCAAGGAUGGACAUAACCUGGGAUCUAUCUCUUUGACGCAUGCACAAAUCGGCAGACAGCAAUCGCAGGAAAAAUCACAGGACGCUUCAGCAGACAGCAGCAAGGACAACUCUUACGACCCCAAUUCAUACAGACAUGCCUUCCUCAUUCUCGAACCGAAAAAGGGCCAAACAGUGGUAGACGCCAAGAAGAACCCAAACAAUGUCAUUCGCCAUGUGCUCUGCGCAGAGACCGACCUUGAGAGGGACGGCUGGGUCGAGGCGCUACUCGUCCAUGUCGGCAAGGAGAACACUGAGAACACAGAGACCAGCAACGACCGUGGUGGAAGGAAGUUACCGGACAUUCAAAAAGUGAGCGCCACGCCCAUUAAGGAGCUUCCGUCAGGAAAGGGCACCGAGAAACUGCUGAUGACCCAGGAGGCCUAUGAACGCCAGCAACGAUCUCUCCCAGCAGGCAUUCAAGGACGAGGGGCAUCGCUUCCUCAAUCGCCUACAAUGCAGGGCAACAAUCCAGACGAGAGACCUUCGGGUGAACUGUCUCUGACAGACGCCCAACAGCCACCCAGUUCGAAAGGUUCGCAGCAAGGACAGCCUGGAUUUCCAAAGAACCCUUCUACACAGUCGUUACCUCAAGACGAAAGCGCCAAUAAGUCGCCUGAAAACCAGUCGACCUCUCCGUUUUUGUCGACAAGCGAUCCUGCGGAGAAAAAACAAAAGUCUCGGAUGACAUUCUGGCCAAAGAAGAGUACUCGCGAGGAGACGCCGACUCCAGUCCCAUCGACAGGAGGCGCUUCAAGUGGACAACACGGUAAUGGCACGCCGGCCACAUCAGGAACACAGGAUUCCUCCAGGAUUCGCAACUUUUUGGGCAAGAGCAGCGGCAACACGAGCAAUGGCAGUCUGAAUGGUGGUAUCAGCAGCGCCCCUCCAGGGCUGACCAUUAGCUCUGGAUCCUACCCAUCUCUCGCACCUAUUCGGCAGGUUUUUGGUGUUACUCUUGAGCAAGCAUUAGAGCAGGGCAUUGUGCAACCAGGCUACAUGCUUCCGGCAGUUGUUUACCGGUGCAUCGAGUAUUUGAAUGCACACAAGGCCAAGGAGGAGGAGGGAAUCUAUCGACUAAGUGGCUCGACGGCUGUGAUCAAGAGCCUGAAGGAGCGGUUCAACCAUGAUGGCGACUUUCCUUUGCUGGCAGAGGAGGAUUACUAUGACAUCCAUGCUGUGUCGGGACUCUUGAAGCUGUUUUUGCGGGAACUCCCUUCGUCUGUUCUCACGCGAGAGCUCCACAAAGAUUUCCUUCAAGUUAUCGAAUUAGCAAACAGAACGGAUCGUGUGGAUGAGUUAACGCGACUGGUGGCAAGUUUGCCUGAGGCCAACUACACGCUACUCCGGGCACUGACGGCGCAUUUGAUUGAGAUUGUUGAUAAUGCGGAUAUCAACAAGAUGACGGCACGGAAUGUGGGUAUUGUGUUUUCGCCUACCCUGGGGAUCCCGGCUGGGGUGUUUGCGCUGCUAAUGUCGGACUUUGACCAGAUCUUCCACACCCACGAUGGACGGAUCAUGCCCCUCGAGAACAGCGAUCAACAACAACAACAACAGCAGCAGCAGCAGCAGCAGCAGUACGACGAAUCCGGCGCGUCUGUGCCUGACGCUGUUCUUCCAUCAGAACCCUUUUCUUAA